AUGCAACCAUUACGUUUAUAUGUAGUGUCUAUUUCACAUUAUUGUGACAAAAUUCGAUGGGCAUUAGAUUUUAAAUCAUUACCGUAUGAAAAGAUUGAGUUUAAUCCACGUAAACCACCGCCCGAUCUGAAACGGGCCCCGAAGACAAUGAAAAAAUUAGUACCCAUUUUAGAAGAUCCAAAUAAUAAUGACUUAUUCAUUUGUGAUUCAACUCACAUUUUAAUCUAUUUAGAAGAACAAUAUCCUCAAACAAAAAACUUAUUUCCAUUAAAUAAUAAUCGACAACGAAUUAUUGAUUUUUGUUUGAAAUUAGAUUCAACAUUUGGCUUGUAUACAAGACGUUUAGCUUAUUUACAAUUAAUUGGUGAACAAUCAUCGAAAUUGGCUAUGGUAUUUGGUGGUAAAAAAUUUGCUUGGGCAUCAAAUCCACAUGAUAUACGAUCCUAUUUAUUUGGAUAUGUGUUUUCUUGUUUUGUUAUUUCACGCUAUCGUAUACAUCGUGUUAAAGAAGAUGGAAUUUAUGAAAAAACAAAGCAGUUACUGGACGAUAUUAUUCAUGAUCUUGGACAAAAACAAUAUUUAUUUAAUAAUGAAUUUACGGCUGCGGAUUUAACAUUUUGUUCGCUGUUGAAACCAUUAACAGUUGUCACAUCAAUUGUUCAAAAUCCAAAAUAUCACAGUUUAUUUGCCUAUGAUAGUAGAAUAAGACAAACAUAUGAUGCAAACGGUAAACUAACGACUGAUCCAGUUGUGGAAAAACUUUUACAACCAUUACCAUCUAAUAGAAAACGUGGUACAACAUCAUGGUUAUUAAAACCCAUUUAUUUGAUUCAGUUUCUAUUCAUCUCUUUAAUGACAAUUCUCGUUGGAUACUUUUAUGGCAUGGAUAGUGAUGAACCGCCACAAUUCAAAGUUGAUGAAUCGAAUCCAAGCAUGACAGUUGUUAAUGAUCAACGUUUAAUAAAACUAACAUCAAAGUUACAGAUAAUACCGUUUUUUAUCAGAUAUUUAUCACAUUUGUUUAUUACAAUUCCACUGCAACUUCAACAUAUUAACUCUGAAAAUAAAAUCAAGUAA